UUAGGGCUCCUCCCUGGAACCCUAAAAAACAGGGAUCUUUUUCUCUUCGUGUUUUCCGCCAUGGCAUUGGGACUCGUUGCUCGGGCGGCGCUCCUCGUUUCUACUCUGGGUGCGCUGGCUUUCAUCCUGGGGAUCAUGGCCGAGAACAAGAAGCCCGAAAGCGUGGCAAGCACGACAGUGAACGGCAUCACGAUCUGCCAUUACCCUAGCGAUGCGAGCAUCUCGCUGGGAGCCGCGGCAGUGGCGGUGCUCUUCGUCACGACCUGCGUAGCUCUCGUUGCCUUGUUCUUUCCCUACGACGGGAAGCACAUUCCUCACGGUGUUCUCUGGAAGAACGCCGCGUUUACAACAUUCUUCGUGCUCAGCCUAGCUGUCUAUCUCACGGCCGAGGGGCUCCUGCUGUGGACUACGAUCAGCGAGAGCAUGCAUCACAAGCAAAACAAGCACUAUCACUUGGCAGCCGACGGGUGCCCGACGGCAAAGACUGGCCUUUUCGGUGGAGCGGCGUUUUUGGCUCUGGACAGCACCCUCUUCUGGCUCAUUUGUCUCAUGCUCCUGGGAAACGCUCGCGAGGAUCACUUCGGGAUGGAGGAUGAGGCCUCCAUGAAGGGAAUCUACGCGGAAAUCCCUCACGACUCCACCGUCAUCCCUCCCGCGAACAAGGUCUGAUCUGAAACAGCGAAGUUUUACCCUGGCCUCCCGCAAGUAUCUUCCCUCCUGAAAGUAGGCCAGUUAUGGAAUAUACAACCAUUGACAGACUGCUUACCAUUC